CCUCUCCGAUUCGCAAAGUGAAGUCACUUCCCAAAAUUAGCUGAAAAAAAGUUUCAUCCGGUUAACUGUCUCUUUUUCGCCCCGCUACAACAACAAACGUGCAAAGCGGGGAAGAGGGCAAGGAGCUCACUGGGGGGACGCGGACAGGGGGCCAGGAGCCGGAGAGGUGCGGGAGCGGAGACAAUCCGAAGGGGCUGCGGGGUUAGGCUCUAACCGGGUCAAUGUGUGGAAUAUUGGGGGGCUCGGCUGUAGACUUCGCCAAAUGGACGGGACUAUUAAGGAGGCUCUGUCGGUGGUGAGCGACGAUCAAUCUCUUUUUGACUCCACAUUUGGAGCAGCUCAUCUCCCCAAGAACGACAUGACCGCCUCUGGCAACCCUGACUAUGGCCAGCCCCACAAAAUCAACCCCCUCCCACCUCAGCAGGAGUGGAUCAACCAGCCUGUGAGGGUCAAUGUUAAGAGGGAAUAUGACCACAUGAAUGGAUCCAGGGAGUCUCCAGUAGACUGCAGUGUUAACAAAUGCAGCAAGCUAGUUGGUGGAAACGAGUCCAAUCCAAUGAAUUACAACACCUACAUGGAUGAGAAAAACGGUCCCCCUCCUAAUAUGACCACCAAUGAGAGAAGAGUCAUCGUCCCUGCAGAUCCGACUCUGUGGACCCAGGAACAUGUACGCCAGUGGCUGGAGUGGGCAAUAAAGGAAUAUGGCUUAAUGGACAUUGAUACAACCUUGUUCCAGAAUAUGGAUGGCAAAGAACUGUGUAAAAUGAACAAGGAGGACUUUCUCCGAACCACCUCCCUGUACAACACAGAUGUGCUGUGGUCACACCUUACUUACCUCAGGGAAAGUAGCUCUCUGCUUGCAUAUAAUACUCCCUCUCAUACAGACCAGUCCUCAAGACUGACUGCCAAGGAAGAUCCUUCUUAUGAAUCAGUCAGGAGAGCAGGAUGGGGCAAUAACAUGAAUUCAGGCCUCACCAAAAGUCCUCCCAUUGGAGGAGCACAAAACAUAAAUAAGAAUACUGAACAGCAACGCCCUCAACCAGAUCCUUAUCAAAUACUGGGCCCAACCAGCAGUCGCCUAGCAAACCCAGGGAGCGGGCAAAUCCAGCUGUGGCAAUUCCUCCUUGAGCUGCUCUCGGAUAGCUCCAACGCCAGCUGCAUCACUUGGGAGGGGACCAAUGGGGAAUUCAAAAUGACGGACCCCGAUGAGGUGGCCAGGCGCUGGGGGGAGCGGAAGAGCAAGCCCAAUAUGAAUUAUGACAAGCUGAGCCGGGCCCUCCGAUACUACUAUGAUAAAAACAUUAUGACCAAAGUGCACGGCAAAAGAUAUGCCUACAAAUUUGACUUCCACGGCAUUGCCCAAGCUCUUCAGCCCCACCCAACUGAAUCGCCCAUGUACAAGUACCCUUCGGAUAUCUCCUAUAUGCCUUCCUACCAUGCUCAUCAACAGAAGGUGAACUUUGUUCCUCCUCACCCAUCCUCCAUGCCUGUCUCUUCCUCCAGCUUCUUUGGAGCAGCAUCACAAUACUGGACCUCCCCAACUGGGGGCAUUUACCCAAACCCCAACGUCCCCCGCCAUCCCAAUACUCAUGUCCCCUCACACUUAGGUAGUUACUACUAGGAGUUGUAUUCUCAAUAUCCUUUUAGCUGCACACACAUGCAUUCCUCAUAGUUCCUGGGAUACUUUGGACUUUGAAGGCUAUCUGUGACCAUGAAGACAAAAACCAAACUGGAUGUUCUUUCUUGCUGGAUAGAACCUUUUUAGCUCUUCUUUAAAAAAAAAAAAAAAGUUGGUAACUUUUGCUUCCUGUACUUAAAUAGAGAGAUGGAUAUUUCUAUUGGCCAGUAUUCCAGUUUGGAUUCACAGUCUCCUUUGACCUUUAAGGAGUUGAACAUUCAGAUUACUGGAACGGUUCUAACAUAUUUUAUGAAAGAAACCUACAAUCCUUUUUUAAAAAUUUUAUGACCCAAAGCUGUUUAUCAAAGACACAGGUCUCAUCAAGGACCUCAUAAAGAUUAUUAUGAACAUGGAUCAUGGACUCACUGCUCACUAGACCAGUCAUGCACUGGUUUGGGACCUUAAUUAGGGGGGGAUGAUGGGAAGCCUCCAAGCCUAUGCUAGAAGAAUCAGAAAGUGAACCUGACAGCAUUGCUAAUUUGACAAGUGGAUGGCAACUGGAACACUGGCUGAAAGGCUAGUGAAGUUUUCACCCAACUGGAAUCUUUUUUUUUAAAGCACGUAUGCGUGUGUGUGAGUGAGUGUGUCAUGUUGAAAAAGCCAAGGGCAUUGCAAAAUCCCGUCUCACUGUGCAAUGCACACUAGGCAAAGCAUUUUCUCUGGGAGUAGCUGAGAUCAGAAUCGGGAGAAUUUUAAUGCAAGCACAGACAUUCCUGAAACUUAUAAAGGUAAAUGACUAAUUAAUUUUUUUUAAAUGGAUGACAGUAGGUCCCAGAACUUGGAAGAGUUGUAGGGAUUUCGAAACAUAAACAGAUUCGCAAGCGCUGUGCGUUUGUCAGAAGGUCAUUCCAGGAUCAACAAAUCAGAAGGCAACUUACUGUAUAAAUUAUGCAGAGUUAUUUUCCUAUAUCUCACAGUAUUAAAAAAAUUAAUAAAAAUUAAAAAUAAGAAGGAAACGAGUUGACCUCGGUCACAAAUGCAGUUUUUACUAUCAAAUUGGUUGUCGUGUGUUUUUUUUUUUAAUGUAAUUUGUACAUCUUUUGUCAAUCUGUACAUUUGGGCCAUUGCUUUGUACUUUUUAGCUAGGUUAAAAAGAAAAAAAAAAGGAGGGCGACGUAUCUUAACUACGACUGGAAGGAAACAAAACAUUUAAGUGUCUCUUCAAAGUGAUGCACUGGUGCCAUUAUUUAACAAAAGAAGACAAGGGAGUAAAACUAAUCUGUUUAGAUCAUUAGUGCUUCAGUGACAUUAAUAAAUAACAAUAUUGCAAUAAUCACAACUUGUGCUUUACAAAACAAAUAAACUUACCCUCGUGGAUACGAGACUUUUCCUGUUCUAUAUAUGCAAUGUAUUUUUUUGGAUAUUAAAAUAUAUAUAAUUUUGCAGGUAAUCUUUGUCCUUUUUUUAAACUGUAUUAGUGUUACGCUGACAACUGUUAUAUGAAGAUUAUGUUGUAAAAUAAUGUGACAAAAUAAAUUGUGCCUUCUUUCAA